CAGCAACAGCAGCAACAGCAGCAACAUCAAUACAGCAUCUGAGCUUCUCUCCUUCCUCUCCAUCCUCCACUGACACCACCGAACAGUCCAGGACAUCAGCUCCACCUUCAGGAGUGGUGCUUUCUGUCGCCGUGGCUCUAAGCAUCACCAUCAUCGUUCUGGCUGCAGCUUUUCUGGUGCUCUUCAAGUGCAGCAAGCAUAAAGCAUGUUCUGCAGAGCCUUCGGUAGAAAUGGAGUACGCCACCAUCAAAAAGACCAACAGAGUAAACACAGAGAACAGAGAGGAGGAAGGAGAAAACAGAUCACCUGAGUUCCAGGUAACAGAAACCACAGACGAAUACAGCCUCGCCAGCCAUCCUCAGAACACGGUGGAAGAAGACACCCUGGAUUAUUCCGAAGUGCAGUUUUCUAAACCUACAACCAUUUUGCACCACAGCGCCCCCCGUGGUCACCUUGCAGACAGCGUCCUUUACGCAGAACCCUGGACAGAUGGAAACCCAGCCAGCCAAAGCAAAGAGGAAUCACCUUCCCUUUAUUCCACCAUCGCUUUACGUCAGCAGUAACAGUGUUAAACUUGACACACAUGUCGUUUUCUUUAUUUAAAGAAUAUACAUCAUAGCUCAGUUCCUAAAACCGUUUUUAUUGGAUUUUUUUGCUAAAAUACAAACAAACAAAAAAUGAAUGUGUGUUAUAUAAGUGAUGGAACUGUAGAGAAGAUAAAAUAAAUCUGAUUAUUAAUGUAUAACCUUAUGUUUGGGUAUUGUUAUGGAAAUAUAUAAUCAGUUUUGUAUUAAUCAUGUAUUUUUCUUAAAGCAGUAAGGGUUACCUAAGUUCUAAUUAAUACACUGUGUGGCUUGCACUCUACAUGUUAUGGGGGUUUCCAGGGUCACUCAAAGCUAUAAUUUCACCCAACUGUCUUGUGGGAUACAAGGCAAAGUGGGAGUCACAUGGGGUUUUAUGAUGGCACCUGUCAAGAAGGUUGAUGGUAAAAGCUUUUUUUUUAUUGUUAUUGAUGUUUAUCUUAGUAAACUCUUAAAACAUCUGGCAGAAAUCUAUCAAGAACUUGGCACCUUGUUUGACACUGGAACAUGGAUCUGUUUUGCUUGUGAGAAGAUAAGCACUAUAGAGACUGAGAGUGUCUGUAGACCU